AUGACGCUGCUGCUAGCUGCCGAUAGCAAGGACGACGGUCGAGUAAGCAACCACCACCGCGACUACGACUACAGCUACAGCUACAAUCACUACAGCCCGCCGCGGCCAGCAUCCACCCGCGGCAACAACAACAACAACAACAACAACAACAACAACACGUGGCGAUCACGGCUGGCGGGCGCGAGCAAGGUGGGCUACCUAUGCUGGGUGCUCGUGACGCUGGAUUACAUGUUCGCGCGCGCCGUCAGCACGUUCGCGUUCCUGGCGGCAUACUACCGGCUCGUCGUCGCCGGCGGCGCGGCCGAGCGCGUCGCAGACCCGCCGAGCCCACUGACAGUGACGCGGACAUGAUACCCCGAGAACGAGAACGGGAACGGCGAGGGUUCAAGAACAGCGUUCAAAAUGCAUUGCAGAUAAACAUUGCUAUGAAUCAGCUGCGGGUUGAGGUUGAAUAGAAUUACGAAUUGGAUCUCCUAACUUCCGUCGCUUCAGCUCUUUGUAAGCCGCCACUGAACUUGAACCUUUGCUCGUGUCCGCCUUAGUUAGAUAGAGUGAAAAGUUCCCGUGUGAUAAUCUAAUGCCUAUAUGUUAAUGGGAGACUUCCCAGACUUGAGAGGCCCUGCUGACUCACGGCU